CUAUAAAGUCCUGCGUGGAGAGCCCUCACGCCAAACGCAGAGACCGACGAGAACAGUGCAAACAGCACAGCAAUCGCAGCCCCUCCCACGCCUCUCAAACCUGAUUUAUUAAACCUUAACGUCCUUCGUUACUCCUACUUGCCCAACACCGCUCGUCCUCCAACUCCGGUGCGGGCGGCAUUUCCACCGUGGUCACCUCCGACGAACUGAUGGGGUGCAAGUCGUGCCAGAAGCCCAAGGCGCAGCACCGCAAGGGGCUGUGGUCGCCGGAGGAGGACCAGAAGCUCCGCGACUUCAUCGUCCGCUACGGCCACAGCUGCUGGAGCACCGUCCCCGUCAAGGCCGGGCUUCAGCGGAACGGCAAGAGCUGCAGGCUGAGAUGGAUCAACUACCUGAGGCCGGGGCUGAAGCACGGCAUGUUCUCCCGGGAGGAAGAAGAGACCGUCAUGAGCCUCCACGCCGCUCUCGGCAACAAGUGGUCUCAGAUAGCGCAGCACCUGCCGGGCCGGACGGACAACGAGGUGAAGAACUACUGGAACUCGUACCUCAAGAAGCGCGUCGAGGGAGCGCGGUCACCAGCGAAAUCCGCCGGCUCGGGCGCGCCCCGGAGCCCCACGCCCAGCAAGAGCGGCUGCGGCCGCAGCACCGUUAACCAGCCGUCCAGCUCCGGCUCAUCCGGGCCGCCCGAGUCGUCGACGUCGACGUUCGACGAGUCGAGCAGCCUCACAGUCCCCGGCGCUGCCGCCUCGAUCCGGCCGCACGCGCCCGUGCUCCCCAAGGUCAUGUUCGCGGACUGGCUCGACAUGGACAUGGACUACGGCACCGGCCUGAUGGCACCGAGCGCUCUGGCCUCGGCCUUCGACGGCAGCCCGGCGCAGCAGGGCGUGAGCCACCAGGGUUCCGUGCAGGUGGAGGACCUGUGCGGCGCCGUGGACUCGUUGCACGGGCUCGGCAACGGCGGCGUCUGUUGGGAGUUCGACGCCGGUCAGAUCGACAUGCAGGGAGGAGGAGGAUUCUGCGACCUGCUGUCCGUGAGCGAGUUCCUCGGGAUCAACUAGGCGAUUCCUCCCAAUGGUGUGCCACCGUCACUGGCUCGCUGCCUCUCCAUCACGACCAGCCAGUGAUUGUUGGUCACUGACAAGAAAGUUCUCAAGGCCACGAUUCAGUCGUGCCAGCGGCAUGGAGAAGAAAUCGUUGAAGUCGUUGUUGCCGGAAAAACACACAUGCCCACAGAACGUGAUGGAGAUGAGGCGGAGGAACAAACUGCAAAAGAAAUUCGCCGUCAUCUUCAUGCUAACAAAUAUUGCAAACCCUUAUGUCUUCGUAGUUGUAGUACAGGUUAGCAAAAAGUCAAUGCUGGCUUGCUGUAAUUUGUUAGAAAGUAAAACAAGAAAGACAAUAGACAUGGAUGUAAAGUGAAUGGUUGUCUUUAUUGAUGAUUGAGUACAAGCA